GGCCUGAGCGAAUAUAAGAGAAACUUCCAGUGGAAAACUCCACAGUUCUGUAGCCCGUCCCGACAGCAGAAAUCCUUGUGGGCAGGACUUCGGUCGGAUCAGUUUGGAAUCACAAGAGAACCCAACUUCAUUUCCAAGAGAAGGGUACCUUACCACAGUCCACAAAUUUCAAAGUCCUUUGAAUGGACGGCAGAUUGUGAUAUGAAUGACCCAGUUGAAACCGAAGCUCUUACAACUGCAGAGGGGCACCCAGACCACAACAACAAUGAUGUGAAUCAGGAAGAAAUUGGAAUGCCAGAAGGUCCCAGGCUUCCUCCAAAAGUUUCAUCACAUUCUGUAGAUUCUAGAGGUGAAACAUCUCAUGUUCUUGCAGAAAACAACAUGAAGAGAUCACUGUCUGCAGAUCCACCAAAUCAAAAUGAAGCAUUUUCAUCUCCAAAAAGGGAACUGGAAAAAACGGGUAAUGGGCUUCACAGAGGCAUUGAGAAGAAAGCAGGAUUGAAUAUUUCACACGUCAAUACUUUCCCCAGAAAUUCUGAAUAUAAAAGCCAAUUUGUUUGGAAGAGUCCUCAUGAAAAGUCCCCAAUACUUGCAGCUGAACAGGUAACUGUAAAGAAUAGUAAGAGGAAAGAACCAUUUCAAAAGCCAGCAGAAGAUGCAGCAAAACAAGGGAAAUCAGAACAGAAACAUCCUAAACAAAAAAAUAAGCAACAUAUCAGUCCAAAGCCUCUCUCUUUACAUACAAGUCGUGGGAGGAUGAACACUGAAUAUAGGUCAAAAUUUUUGUCUCCAGCCCAGUAUUUCUACAAAGAUGGAGCUUGGUCUCGUAUUAGGAGUAAAAUUCACAGUGAGGCAUCUCAAAACACCCUAAAUUCCAUGUGGUAUAUGGAGGUGAGAGAACUUCGAGAAAGAGCAAAGGCUUACAGAGAACGAGUAGAGGGAACACACUUCUCCCGAUAUCAUCUCAAUCAGAUCCUGUCUGAUAAUAACAGUCUUUGGGAUGUGUCUUCAAAUUCCAGUUCAGAAGAAGGCAUCAGCAACAACAUCAGAGCACUGGAUCUUGCUGGAGUUUCUGAAAAAGAGACUGCACCAAGCCCCAAAAUGCUGCAGCAACCUGACUCUAGAGAACAGCCACACCAGGAGAGCACUGAAAAGAAAGACAUAUCAGAUGCUGUAACUGUUCCAGUCAAAAGACGUUUAGUUUGGGGUGAACAAGAAGGUACUGAAGAAAGGGAGAAUCAGCAAUCAGCAGAAGAGGAGUUAAAACAAUAUGAACAGGCUGCAGCUGUGGCUCAGCAGUUAGAAGAAAACAAUAAGGAUGCCAAUGAAGAUAAGAAAAUUGAAGGUGAGAAUGCCUUAGUAUUGAAUUCCUCUGCAGCUGUGUCAGAUUCUUCUUCUGUAUCUUCGAGGACAGGCGGCAGGCUUCCUACUCCAAAGCUGAGAGCUCUUGGUGGAGCUCGGAGGACUCAUCAUGAUCUAACAACCCCAGCUGUUGGAGGUGCGGUUCUAGUGUCUCCUCCUAAAUCGAGGUCUUCAUCGUCACAGCAGAGAACACGAGGUUUAGGAACAAACCUUUCUUCAGCUAAGCAAGGUGCAAAAGAAGCUUUGAAAAGAAGGUCCUUCCAGCCUCAUGCAGAAGUGCAAGCUGUUUCCCUUCUCACUUCUCCACCUGCUGGGCUGGGAACUUUGGAUCCCCUGCCACUCAGGCAGGAUCAGUGGCUUCCAAACAGCGUUACUGAUGAGCAAGUUCCUCUUGCUUCAGCCCAUCGGGAGCAUUCCUCUACACCUCCUGUGCUGAGGUCAGCCAAAAGCAGUUCUGUGCCUUGCUGGAAUCCUUCUAUUCGUAUUCAAGGGACUCUCAAGGAUCCAGAAUUCCAGCAUAAUGGGAAUCUUGGUAAUCCAAAAGUGAGGCCUUUCCAGUUACCCCUUCAGGAAAGAAACUAUAAUGAAGAAGAUGACAGGUUGUCUCAGAUUUCUGCUCGCUCGGCUGCAUCUAGCUCGCUUGCAUCUCAGAUACUGGAACGAGCUCAGAAGAGGAAGGAUUUCUGGAGCAAGACAUGA